UGAGGGUGAGCCUUGUGAUUGGUGGCUAUGAAACCACCAGGACAGGGUGAAAAGAGUUUAAAAUGAGCCCAAAGACAGAGAUAAAUGACAGCGAAGAAGCAGAAAAUGGCUCAUCUGAAGCUCCCUUUUGUUCUGUUGCUGAUUGGUGUCACGACAAGCUCAAAGGUCGAUCUGCAAAAGAGAGUCAUCGGGGGUCGACCAUGCAGGCAGGAUGAGCGCCGGUAUCAUGUUCGCUUAGAGGCAACAGACAGUAAGAGCCAAGGUGUUUGUGGAGGCUCUCUACUGCGUAACGGCUGGAUCCUGACUGCAGCUCACUGCUGGAAAAGUGGACAGAAGGUUGAUGCAUAUUUAGGAUGGCACUUGGGUAACACAGAACCAAUACGCAUACCACUGGAUACCCCUGAACAACUUAAAAUUUAUAAAGUUGGAUUCUGGUUUUUUAAAAAGCAACAUGACUUGAUGCUGCUGAAGCUCCCUGACACGGCAACGAUUCCACACGGCGUGACAACGAUCCAGCUUCCUGACUGCUCAGACCAGCCUAAGAUAAACGAUGUGGUGCAGAUUGCAGGUCAUGGUUCGACUUUUGGAAGUAUUUUUACCACCAGAAGACCUGGCUUUACACCAGAUCUUCAGUGUGGGAAUAUUAAUAAGGUUAGCUGUCCUCAACAACAAAAAUUUCCCAAGAACAAGUACAUUUACAAAUAUUUGUUCUGUGGCCAAACUCCUGGAGUGGAUCUGUGCUUGGGCGACUCUGGUGGAGGAAUUGAGUACAACGGCAGGAUUUAUGGUGUCCAUGUUUUAGUUGGAUAUUAUCCAUGCAGGACACCAGCAACAUUCAUGGAUCUCUGCCAUCAAGACUAUCUGAGCUGGAUUGAAAAAACUAUUGGACCAGCUGCAAACCCAUGAUAUGAUGUCUAAAUUGUUCAUUUUGUUUGAUCUACGCAUGAAUAUUAAACCUUAACCAGGUAUUAAAAAAAAUUAAAAAAAUGAAAGCAGCUAGCAUCAGAACACUUUGCAUUGAAUAAUCUUGUCUAAUUUUAACUUUUUCUCUGGCAUUGAGAAGAUUUGCUUUCCCAGUGGUUACUGGUUUUAAACAACUGGGUCAUUUUCAUCUUUAACUCCUUGUUGUUUCAGCUACAGUUUGAAAAAUGACAAUAAAAACAACCAAUGAAAACCUGA